AUGGUUGUCAGGCUUCAUCUCAUUUUCAGCGUGGUCUCUCUGUGGCAGCUGGCUUUCGCGUUUCCCAACAAUGCAACAUUUUCGAAUGGGCCACGCAAGAUCGGAAAGCGCUGCACUGGAACGAUUGAGUCUUUGGCCGACAUUCCAGAUGCGGAAGAAUGCACGACCAUUAAUAUCGGAGGCUUCACGGUUCCAGCUGGCGGCACGUCUCUACCUUUACCCUCGAUCUCUAUGUCGGGGGAGCUCACAUUUGCUUUCGAGGCGUGGGCCGGCCCGCUUAUGGUUAUCUCGGGGAACGAUGUUACAUUCAAUGGGAACAACCAUGUCCUUAAUGGUAAUGGACCUUCAUACUGGGAUGGGCUUGGGGGCAACGGCGGUAUUCAGAAACCAGCGCCAAUGAUCCAGCUCAACAUGGGAGGAACAUUUGAGAACGUGAAGAUUCAAAACUCACCCACGCGAGCAGUCGCCGUCUCCGGUACUGGAUUGACCUUGACGUCGAUCACGGUGGAUAACUCCGCCGGUGCCGCUGCAAACAGUGCCUCUGGAGGCAAGCCUGCCGGCGCCAACACCGACGGGUUUGAUGUUGCUGCGAAUGAUGUGAUCAUUCAAGACUCCACUGUAAUUAACCAAGAUGAUUGCCUUGCUAUCAAUCGGGGAACGACCAUCGUUUUCGAGAACAAUUCGUGCUCUGGUGGUCAUGGAAUCUCAAUCGGAUCCAUCUCGAGUGACGUGACUGUCUCAGAUGUUACGAUCUCUGGGAACACGGUGACAAACAAUGUGAACGGUCUACGCAUCAAGACUGACGCCACCGCCACAGGCUCGACCGUCAACGGCAUCACCUUCACUAACAACAAGCUUUCCGGAAUCACGCAGUUCGGAGUCAUAAUCGAUCAGAGUUAUCCGAGUACGUUGGCGACGCCCGGUACGGGCGUUAUUGUCGAGAAUGUCGUCUUUUCUGGAACGAACACCAUCUCCGUCGCAAGCGACGCGCACCGCGUCGAAGUGAACUGCGGGAGUACUUCGAGCUGUCCUGGUACGAUGGACUUUUCUGGUUUGACGGUCACUGGUGGUUUGGAGGGAGCGAUUGUCCAUGCGACUCUAUCCGGAGGAUCGUUCUGA